GGCUGGGGGUGGAAGCGCUCGACAGGGACGGGAUAGAUGAGGGCUGUGUGUCCCUGAGCGUGUGUCCGACGCCGCAGCCUCGGCCGGAGGUAUCCUGAGAUGAGCCUCGCGUGGCGGGCGCUCCGCGCCUUGCGGCUCCGGCUCUUGGGCCCCGCCAAGGAGCUGGUUGGCACCGACCAGUUCGGCAACAAGUAUUACCGGGUGCCCAAGCACGAGACCCGCGCAGGGCGGAUUAUACCAGAAAGAAGAUUUGUAGAAGCAGUAAAUCGUGAAGCAUAUCAGUAUCAAAUGGGUGACUUUCCAACAGAAUGGGAAGCAUGGAUAAGAAGAAAAAGAAAGGAUCCACCCACCAUUGAGGAGAUUCUUAGGAAUGAAAAUUAUAGAGAAGAAAUGAAACAGAAAAUAAAAGAUGUAUCUGAAAAGGAUAAGCUGCUUCAGUCCAAGGAAUACAAGGAGGGACUUGUUGCUGAACCAGGUCAUACUCAGGUUAAAGGUCAUGCAUCUGCCCCUUACUAUGGAAAGAAGGAGCCUUCAGAAGAUCCCACAAGCACUGCAAAUACCUUCCAGCCUGGUGCCUGGAUGCCACCAGGCAGUGGUAGUAGUCAAAAUAAAUGAACAAUUGUAUUGUACAGAUAUUGCUCAUGGAUAAAUGUUUUAACAGACAACAUAAAGAGCUUUAUAUGA